AUGAAUCAGAUUCACUUGUUACCCGCGGGCGAUCCUGAUAACCCUGUUCCGCCUUUCACCCAGGAAAUUAUGGGUGCAAGGAUUUCAAGAAAAUUCAAACUCCCAACCAUAAAAGCUUAUGAUGGCACGGGUGAUCCCGCUAACCACGUUCGAACAUUCAUGAACGCUCUUAUUUAUUGGUAUAGUCGCCUACCCCCUAAUUCUAUCUCUUGUUUUGCUGACUUGAGCAGGGCCUUCAUAGGACAAUUCGUUGGAAGCAAAACUCACGCCAAAAGCUCCGCCUCAUUAAUGAAUUUACACCAGGGUAAAAACGAAUCACUCCGGGAGUAUAUGAAUCGUUUUACCAAAGAGGCCUUGAAGGUCCCAGACCUAGAUCAGAAGGUAGCCAUGAUUGCACUCCAGCAAGGUACCACUGAUGACAAUUUUCGCAGGUCUCUAGCCAAGAGAGCCCCUGAUAAUAUGAACGACUUACAAGAGAGAGCCGGGAAGUAUAUUAAGGCAGAGGAAAGCCUAAGAAAAUCCCAGAGUAAUCAAGGGCCGAACGCUAACUUUAAGAAACGUGGGAAUGAUGCCGAGUAUAACGCUGAGAAUAAAUAUGCCAAAAAGGAUGAUGAUGAGAAGUCGCCUGCUAAAAAGAAGGUGGGACCAAGGUUCACUGAAUAUGCUAGACUCAAUGCCCCAAGAAGUCAAAUCCUAAUGGAGAUCGAAAAGGAUGAGAGUGUCCGAUGGCCGAAGCCCAUAAGGACUGACCCCGAGAAACGAAACAAGGAUUUGUAUUGUCGAUUCCACAAAGACACGGGGCAUAAAACCGAUGAUUGUCGGCAGCUGAAAGAUGAAAUUGAAUUCUUGAUCCGAAGAGGCAAGUUGUCCAAGUUCACCAAGGAUGGAGACAAAAGUUAUCGGGACAAUGACAACCGUGGAAGAGACAAUGAUGACAAGAGAGCUUAG